UCGUCCUUCUGCCUGUGUGGAGUGAAUAAAGCGCAGCUCCACAGCACGACUCAGGUUUCACUGUUUUUCCGUGGGCCGCUCGAGCUCGGCCGGACUGAGACCGCCUUUGUUCACGAGAGAGCGACGUGAAGGAGGAGAGAGAGAGCGGGAGAGAGAGAGAGGGAGAGAGAGAAGGGCAGCCGGGAGCGCGCUGCGGGACCGCUGAGACUGUGCCAUGGCUCGGGGAGACACUGCGAUACUGAGACUCACUCUGAGGUUCUUUUGCCUCGCUGCUCUGUGGCACUGCCAUCCAGGGUCUGCCUUCCAGCUGCUGGAGGAGAGGGGCUCGAGUGGGCAGCUGGAUCUGACAGAGCUGAUUGGUGUUCCUCUUCCUCCCUCUGUCUCCUUCAUCACUGGCUUUGAGGGUUUCCCAGCCUAUAGCUUUGGUCCGGAUGCCAAUGUGGGCCGCCUCACACGCUCCUUCAUCCCUGACCCUUUCUUCCGGGAUUUUGCCAUCAUCGUCACUGCCAAACCCACCACUCGUCGUGGAGGAGUCCUAUUCGCCAUCACUGAUGCCCUACAGAAGAUAGUGCACUUAGGAGUAGCAUUAGCGCCAGUGGAAGAUGGCUCACAGCAAGUGGUACUGUACUAUACUGAGCCUGGUGCGUCCCGCACACAGGAGGCUGCUUCCUUUAAAAUGGGAGACCUCACGGGCCGGUGGGCCAGGUUCACUCUGGCUGUUCAGGGUGAGGAGGUGAAGCUCUAUAUGGACUGUGAGGAGCACCACAGGGUGGCCUUCCACAGGAGCCAGGAGAGACUUACCUUUCAGCCCAGCUCAGGCAUCUUUGUGGGCAAUGCAGGAGGAACCAGGCUGGAGAGGUUUGUGGGAUCUAUCCAGCAGUUGAUGCUGACUCCAGACCCCCGGGCCCCUGAUGAGCAGUGUGAGGAGGAUGACCCCUAUGCGUCCGGGUAUGGCAGUGGGGAUGAUGUAUAUGACGACACAGAGACGACGGACGAAGUGAAGAAAGUCGUGGAGGAGAGAAAAUACCCCGUGCCUGAGGAAGACGAGACUAUUCCUGUCAGAGCGCCCCCUACUGAAGCAUCCUCUGAAGCUCCACUUGAUGACGAGGACCUGGAGGAGGGGUCCUCUGGUCAGGAGAUCGAGAUCAUCCCCGAGAAGAAGCCAACCAGGACAGAGGAAGCCGUAUAUGAAGAAGGCGACGAAUAUCCACUGAUGAUCCCAGGCCAGAAAGGAGAGAAAGGAGAUCCUGGACCUCCAGGACGUCCAGGACCACCAGGCACAUCAAGCCCAUCAAGCCCAAGAGGAGACAACUCAGCUUGGUUUGGACAGCCAGGUCCCUGGGGCCCUCAGGGACCACCAGGACCUCCUGGAGCUCCAGGGAAGGAUGGCCUGCCUGGCAGCCGUGGAAAUGACGGAGCACCGGGUGAAACUGGAACUCAAGGAUUUCCAGGCUUACCAGGUGAUCCAGGCCUCAAAGGUGAAAAGGGUGAUCCUGGAGUUGGCCUGCCUGGGCUUCCUGGACCUCCUGGACCACCAGGGCGAUAUGUGGAUGCUAUUGAUGGCUCAGGAUUUGAGGACUUUGAUGGUGACACUGAAGUCAUCAGGGGUCCACCGGGUCCUCCAGGGCCUCCAGGAAAGCCUGGCCCUCCUGGCUCCACUGUAGGUCUCUCUCCAGGGCCAACAGGGCCUCCAGGAGCACCUGGAAAAGAUGGGAAGGAUGGGGAGAUGGGUAAACCUGGAAUUCCAGUAAUUGAGGACUGGUUUAGUGGUUCUGGAUUUGAUGCUGAUUCGGGAUUUGAUGCUGGUUCUGGAAUUGAUGCUGGUUCUGCAUUUGAUGUUGAGUCUGGAAUUGGGGCUGGGUCUGCAUUUGAGCUUGGCUCAGAGAAAGACUUGGCCGAGGGUGCUGAUGGCAGGAAUGGCGAACCAGGAAAAGAGGGCCCAAAAGGCGAUAAGGGUGAGACAGGGUUGCCUGGACUAGCAGGACAAAAGGGUGACCCAGGCCAGCCAGGUGUUCCAGGACUGCCAGGGCCUGUAGGACCUGAAGGCCCAAAGGGGCAGCAAGGCCCUCCAGGACCUCCUGGGCCACCAGGGCUGCCUGCACGCUUCAGUUUUGAUGCCAUGCAGGAUUCUGAGGGUUCUGGAGUGGAUGGAGGCAGUGGUUUUGGGACCAUGCUCCCUAGAGGGCCACCUGGUCUUCCAGGUGUACCUGGCCCUCCAGGACCACAGGGCAAAGAUGGUGUGAAUGGCCUUCCAGGAACUUCAUUAAAGGGGGAUCCUGGGCCCAGAGGACCUGAUGGGUUACCUGGACCACCUGGACUUCCUGGAAGAAAUGGAGAGAAAGGUGAGCAAGGAGAUCUGGGUCUGAAGGGAGAAAGAGGUCAAGAUGGAGUCGGCCUUCCUGGUCCACCCGGACCGCCCGGACCACCAGGGCCUGUCAUCAGCCUUCAGGAUUUAAUGCUGAAUGACACAGAAGGCCUCUUCAACUUCUCAGGGACUUAUGAACCUCAGGGGCCAUUGGGGCCAAGAGGUCCAAAAGGUGAUGCUGGAAUCCCAGGCUUGCAGGGCCCCUCAGGGUUAAAGGGUGAGAAAGGAGAGCCAUGCAUCAGCAUCGCUACAGAUGGAUCGCUGUUGUCUGACGUGACUGGGCCACAGGGACCGAAAGGAAUCAAGGGUGAAUGUGGCGUUCCUGGACCUCCUGGAAUUAUGGGCCCUGUCGGACCAAUUGGACCUAAGGGGGAAUUUGGGCUUCCUGGGCGUCCAGGUCGUCCAGGUUUAAACGGACGCAAGGGAGAAAAAGGAGACUCAGUUGGACUACUGGGACCACCUGGUCCUCCUGGCCCACCUGGACGUCCCGGAAUAUUUGCCUGUCCUAAAGGAACAGUGUUCCCGAUUCCUCCUCGGCCGCACUGCAAAAAGCCCAUCAAUGGAGAUUCUGCUACAGAGGGAGCUAACUGUUCAUCAUCGGGAGUCAAAGGGGAGAAGGGCGAAAGGGGUCUCCCAGGGCCUCCUGGACCUACAAUUCCGACGCUGGGAGCGGGGAGCACGGGGCAGAAGGGUGACCUGGGCUUCCGGGGAGAGAAAGGGGAGAAGGGAGAGGCCGGCAUGCCGGGGCCACCUGGACUACCUGGAAGAUCCGGGUUGGUGGGACCUAAAGGAGAAGCCAUCAUUGGGCCCCCUGGUCGUGCAGGGCCUCAGGGACCCCCUGGUACUCCUGGCAUUGGGCGAGCAGGUGCCACUGGACCCCCUGGGCCUCCUGGACCUCCUGGACUACCUGGCUACAGUGCUCUUCCUGGCCCACCCGGUCCAAGAGGUCCUGCCGGUCCCCCAGGACAAGCUGCUGCUGUCUCUGGCUCAGUAAAGAAAUACUCAAGUCUUGAAGCCAUGAGGCGCGAUUCAUACUUGGAUGAAGUUGGGACGUUCUCCUUGCUUACAGAUACGGGAAAACUCUACCUCAAAGUUUCAGGAGGGUGGAGAGAGAUUCAGCUCGGAGGGCUGAUGGAGGUGUAUCCUUCUCAAAUCCUCUCACAAGAUGAUGCUGGCCCCUUAAUGCUGACCCCUCGACUCAGCAAUACUCCUACGAUCCACACACGAAGUGCGCUCAGGCUGGUCGCCCUGAACACACCUCUGACUGGUGACCUGGGCUCCAUCCACUCGGUGAAUAGGCAGUGCCGGCUGCAGGCUCAGGCCAUGGGGAUACGGGAUGAGUACAAAGCCUUCCUCUCUCACCACCUCCAGGACCUGAUUGACGUGGUGCAGCCGCCUUACCGCACCAGCUUACCCAUCGUUAACCUCAGGGGUGAGGUUCUGUUUAAGAACUGGGAGAGCAUCUUCUCCAACCACCUCCUCCCCUCUGGGAUCCCCCUCUACUCCUUUGAUGGCCGGGAUGUGAUGAGCGAUCCUUUCUGGCCGCAGAAGGCUGUAUGGCAUGGUUCCUCAGAGAGGGGCAGGCGUCUGGACGCUAAGAGCUGUGAGUCGUGGAGGGCAGGUGACAUGGCCAUCACCGGUCAGGCUUCCUUCCUCUACAGCGGCCUGCUGAGUCAGCAAACCCGCAGCUGCUCCAACCAUUUCAUCGUCCUGUGCGUCGAGACCAGCCCUGACCACAACACCAUCGAAGAGCUCAGACGGGCACAGUAUCGCCACAGACGCUGGCACUACAGAUACUAAUGCCUGUGCUAGACUACAGCCUCUGCCAGCAGAACGUCAACAUUCCAGAAGGUGUAAAUAUACGUAAGUUGAUCGAAGACCACAUCGAGUCGUCCAGAAGCCAAUAAGCCGACAAGUGUGCGGUUCAUAUAUCAGGUUUUGAUCGCAUGGACAUCAGUAGCAAGACCAAAGCCAUUUUUCUCUGAAUGUAAAGCAGCGUGAUGUCCGUGUCUUAGCAGAGGGAUGCGCCGGGCCUCAAAUCCAAAACAUGUCAUUUUGAUGCACUGUAUUUUCAUUUUCUCUUUUUUCCAGUUCUGAUCCUCCAAAUCCACAGAUGUCUUUUUUUUUUCUACAUCACAUCAUCUUUUCAUCUUGAGUAACAAAAGAUGUGUCAGUAUUUAAUUUAAUUUCAGUGUUUUUAUUUAUACCUGACCGCACAUAAUCUAAAUAUGUCAAAAGAUUGAGGAUGAAUAUGUAAUUUAUAGUUCCAGUUGUUCAGAUGAACUCCUGCUCCUGCUUUCUUUCCACUUUUUAAUGAAAGAAAAUAUUUUCUGUAGCAUCUCUCUUGACCAAAUUAUAUUCCAUUUUUGAAGCUGAUGGAAAUGUGACUGCAGAUUUUUUUUCCCCAGAGAGCAAAAAAAAGUCCUCUUAUUCUGGUAUUUUUCUAUUUCUUGGACAGAAAACUUGAGCAGUGUUUAGUGAGAAGGAGUAUUUUUUAUUUUAACUGGUGCCUAUUGAAUAAAAUCUCUUUUUCAAAUACUUUGUGCUGUCAUAUGUCUGCCAUAUGUAUUUAAUGUUUGAAAAGGGGAAGAAAUUUCAUUCAAUAUUCUCAAGCCAGCCUAGUUUAUUAGCAGACUGCAUGGUAAUCACACUGUGUUUUAGUAUGUUCUCAUAGCAGUGCUGUUGUUGAAAGCCUUUUACAGCACUAUAAACUGGCUUACCAGCUGCAAUAAGUCUGAAGUUGAAUGCUACAGCUUUGCGCUAUCACGAGGUGAAUAUUUCAAAAACUAUUUAACAGUCAGACAGGGAGAGUAAAGUAAACUGACAAAAAUAUAAAAAUUAAUGGGGGGAAUUACUUAUAUAUAUAUUACUAUAUAUAUGUAAAUUCCCUGAUGUAACAGCCACCUGUGAAAACACAGCUGGCCCUGCUACGCGGAUGAACGCUUUUGGUUCACAAGGUGGUACAAAGUGUUGUUUUGAUGCCAUUGACAAAACAUUAGUUCCCUAAGGCACCAUGCUUGUGAAUGUAAAGAUGUGAAAAACCUUUUAUAGGUACAGUUGUAUACAAAAGAAAAUGGUCAAAUUAAUUGGUUUUGUUGUUUUUCCAAGUGAAAAUAAGUUUAAUGCUGUUUAUCAUGUACAUGAAUAGAGCUGCACAAUUUCUAGUUUCCAUUUAACGUAACAAAACAUAAAAUAUACAAACUUUUGCACAGGAUACAUUUUAUGAUUCAUUCUUUCCUCAAUCUGUUAUAUUCAGAAAAUAAACACCUCUUGUGUAUGAAAA